AUGUUUGGGUUCAGGCGUCCAGCAGCCGAUGCGCACGCUGCAAAAGAACCUCAGAUGGACAUCGAGAACCCGAGUAAGGAAGUUGGUGGAAGCAAUUUCAAUGUGCACACUACUUCCGACUCGGUGCGGAUCGUGCAUGCGCAGGAGGAGAACAAUCUCGCGCGAGCGCUGUCGCAAAGGCAUAUUCAGAUGAUUGCUCUUGCUGGUGCGAUUGGCACAGGACUCUUCCUCAGCCUCGGCGGCGCCCUGCAGACCGGCGGCCCCCUCGGCGCCCUCCUGGGCUACACCCUCGUCGGCCUCGUAGUCUGCUCCGUACAGUUCGCCCUCGGCGAAGUCUCUGCCCUCUUCCCCGUCACAGGCUCCUUCGUCCGCCACGCCGAGCUGCUCGUCGACCCAGCUCUCGGCUUUGCAGUAGGCUGGAACGUCGUCUACGGGACGUACCUCAGCGUUCCCGCCGAGAUAUCCGCGGCGCUGGUGCUGAUUGAGUUCUGGACGGAGAGGUACCCGGCGCUGUGGAUCACGCUGUUCAUUGGCGUGACGUUCCUGGUGGGCAUUGUGUUUGUGGGGGUUUAUGGGGAGGUGGAGUUUUGGUUUGCGGUGUUGAAGAUUUUGCUGGUGCUGGGGAUCAUUAUCAUGGGGUUGGUUAUUGAUCUGGGUGGUGUGCCCGGGCAGGAGAGGAUUGGGUUUAGGUAUUGGAACAAUCCCGGUCCGUUUGUGGCGUAUAUCGCUACGGGGUCUUGGGGGAGAUUUCUGGGGUUUUGGAAGGUUAUGAUUAAUGCUGUUUAUUCGUUUGCGGGUGUGGAGAGCGUGUCUGUGGCGGCGGCGGAGACGAAGAGUCCGAGGCAGAAUAUCCCGAAGGCGUGUAAAAAGGUGUUUGCGAGGGUGUCGAUCUUCUACCUCUUGUCUGUUCUGAUUGUGGGUAUGUUGGUGCCGAGUAACGACGAGACGCUGAAUAAUGAUGCUGGCAACGCAUCGACGAGUCCGUUUGUCACGGCAGCUACAAGAGCGGGCAUCAAAGUCGUUCCCUCGAUCAUCAAUGCCGUGGUGUUGACUUCCGCUUGGUCAGCGUCUAACCAAUGUCUGCUUACUGGAACUCGAAUCCUCUACGGACUUGCUCUCAAGCGCCAAGCUCCACAGAUAUUCCUAUGGACGACCAAAUGGGGCAUUCCGUACGUCUGUGUUAUCUUACAAACAGCUAUCGCGACACUGGCAUACAUGGCGCUUUCCAGUGGAGCCCUGACGGUAUUCUACUGGUUCCUGAAUUUAACUGCUGCAGGGACGUUGGUCAGUUGGAUUGUGAUUCUGUUUAAUCACAUUCGGUUGCAUAAAGCCUUGGAGAAGCAGGGGAUCUCAAGGAAGGAGUUACCUUGGAAUCAUUCCUGGACUCCAUACACAUCCAGAAUUGCAUUAGUAACAUGCAUCAUUUUCCUCCUUACAGGAGGAUUUACAGUCUUCACCAAAGGGAAUUGGGAUAAAGCGACAUUUAUAUCUGCGUAUCUCGAUAUCCCUCUUGUGCUCUUCGCAUACACGGGAUGGAAAGUCUUCAAGAAGACUAAGAUUCUGGAUCUGGAUGAUGUUCCGAUCCGGCAGGCGCUGGAUGAGAUGCAUGAGAAUCCUGAAGUGCCGAUUCCGCCGACGAGGGGGUGGAAGAGGUUGAAUAUCUUGUGGGGGUGA